UAGAUACCUAGGACACUUGAACCGACCGCUUAGUACUUAACAAUGGCAAGAGAAAUUGCAAGGAUUCUAAUCAUGGCCAUUGUGCUUGCUGCCGCUAUGAUGGUGGCGAGCUCUAUGGACAUCACCGAUGCAGACUUGGUGUCAGAUGAGUCCCUAUGGGCACUCUACGAGCGCUGGUGUGGGCAUCACAAUGUAAGGCGCGACCUUGAUGACAAGGCCAGGCGCUUCAGCGUGUUCAAGGACAACGCUCGCAUGAUCCACAAAUUCAACCAACGUGACGCACCCUACAAGCUCAACCUCAACCUCUUCGGUGACAUGACCGAUGAAGAGGUUGACCACAUACACGGCUGCUGCUCCGACCGCGUGUCGGAUGGCGGGAGGAGACACCAAGCCCGGUUCACGCACGAUGCGGUUGCCGUCCGCAGCAACUUACCAAUGUUCGUAGAUUGGCGGAUGACAGGGUACGACCAACGCCCGCCGGCAGUGACAAACGUGAAGAUCCAAGGAGGGUGCGGAGCUUGUUGGGCCUUCGCGGCGGCGGCGGCAGUGGAGGGCAUCAACUCCAUAAGGACCAGGAGGCUAACGUCAUUGUCGGUGCAGCAGCUCAUAGACUGCGACAAGGAAAACGUCGGUUGUCGUAACGGCAGAGUGUCAUCGGCCUUCAAGUACAUUAUCGACCACGGCGGCAUCGCCACAGAGGCUGACUACCCGUACAUUGCCGGUGAGCACGGCUAUUGCUUGGUGCCGAAAAGAAGGAACCCCUUGGUCACCAUCGACGGCUUCAAAUGGGUUCCGGAAAAUGAGGUCGCCUUGCUGCAGGCGGUGGCGACCCAACCCGUCGCUGUGUUGCUUGACACAAAGGGCUUCCGACGCUAUGGGGGAGGUGUCUUUAUGGGUCCGUGUGGUACGAAUCAGACUCACGGAAUGACGGUUGUGGGCUAUGGUACCACCGAUGAGCCUGACCCCGAGAGACGCAUAGAUUACUGGAUCGUAAAGAAUUCAUGGGGGCCAACAUGGGGUGAAAACGGCUACAUCCGUAUGGCCCGUGGUGCCGGUCCUGUCAACAAGGGCUUAUGUGGCAUCCUGGGGUUUGCGUUGUACCCAAUGAAAAAUAAGUAAGAAAGAGAACUGGUGUUAA